AUGGAUACUCAAAAUACUUUAAAGAAGAAUAAGGAAAAAGAAGAUCCUUAUGAUUUCUUACAAGACAUUAAGAUUUCAAUUUGUUCUACAGAUGAGAAUGAUGUUGAAUAGUCUUUAAGAAGAUAAUAAAAAAAUAGUAAAAUUCUAAAUAAAAUAAUUUAGGAAUUAAGCGAGAAAUUAGUUGAACUUUUAAAGUAGACCUAUGAAAUAUAAAUUGAAUAAGCUUUUAACAGAGUGUUGAAAAUCUUUGAAAUUUUAAAGAAACUACAAGCAAAUUUCAUAUUUUAUGAUUUGUAUUUUACUGCUUUUGAAUCAUAUGCUGAUAAAAAAAUAGCUACUCUGAGCGAAUAGGCUUAAUAAAAUUGGCAAAAUGUUCCAGCAAUAUGCUUAGAAAAAUAUUUAAGUGUUUUCUAAAUACAAAAUAAAAUUAAUCCAAAAGAUGUUGAAAGUUAUAUUAACUACUUGAUGCUUAUGAAGAAAGUACCUGAAGCUAUAAAAAUUUUUAACAUUUUUAACAUGAGAAAAUAUAUGAAUAUGUUUGACUUAUUAGAAAGAGUAAUCAGUUAAGAUAAAGUUUCGGAUGCAAUUUUAUUAGUAGAAAAGACAGAAGUGGAAUUGCAGAAACAUUUAAUUUUGAUUUUGACAGAGAAGAGUUACAUAGAUAAAUGUGUUGAUUUAAUUUAACAAUACGGAUUGAAUUAUAAAGAGUUUCCUUUACUUAUUUCUAAGAUGGAAAAAAAGCAUAUUGAAAAAGUUUUACCUUCCCCAGAUGAUUGGGAAAAAGCAGAAGAGAGAGUUCAUACAAAUAAGGAGGUUUUAUGUUACCUCGUUGAAACUCUUAAAGAACAAGGUAAGAAUGAUGAAGCAGUUUCAAUUGUAAAAAGACAUUAGCUAGAUUAGCUUGAUUACUACAAAGAGCACAUAUAAUAAAUAAAUAAUUCAGGCAAGUAUGUCCCUAACAGAAUUCUGGAAAAAGACGGAUUUGGUCCAUCAGAAGAAAUUAUUUUUGGUUAAGGUAGUGGAACUUACAUCCAUUUAAGCUAAUUUGAUAUAUAGGAAGAGGAUGUAGUCUUUAUCUAUGACACAAAGGAGUAGAAAUAAAUUUUUUAAGAAGUUGAAAAGACCAUAUUAAAUAGCAAAAUCGUAGGAUUCGAUUCUGAAUUUGCCUCUUAAUGGAACAAAUUUGAAAAGGGUGGUGUUUCUAUCAUUUAGUUAGCAGUUUAAAAUAAAAUUUAUAUUUUUGAUGCACUUAAUUUGCUUGUAAAUAAAUUUAGCUAAGAGUUUUUCAACUUUUGCAAAACUUUGUUUGAAUCGAAAUAAAUUAUUAAAGCAGGUCAUAGCAUAUCUACAGAUCUAAAUGAAAUGGAAAAAACAUUUAAGAGUGAAAAGAAGUUUGAUCUUAAUAAUUUUGUUGAUAUUGCUUUACUUAACAGAGAUAUUUUUUCUUUGGCAAACACAGCCUCAUUAAAAUUUAUGGUUUAAAAAUUACUCAACCUUUAAAUGUCAAAGUUUGAACAGAUAUCAAAUUGGGACAGAAGGCCUUUGAGAAAGUCAUAAAUUCAUUACGCAGCUGUUGAUGCAUUUAUUGUAAUUAAGCUGUAUGAAAAACUAGUUUAAAUUUAAUAAGCUGGAGGAGCCCUCAACUAUGUAAAUGUUUACCAAGAAGAGCAAAAAGAUAACUUAAAUAAUCAAGACUAGAAAAUAAAACAAAAUUUAACUCUUGUUAUUGAUGAUAAAUUUACAUAUACUAAAGAAAAUGAGCACUUUUUUAAAAAGACGAACACUACAUAAAUAAAGUUCUUGAUUGAUAAUAUGCUUUUUAAGCUGGUAAAAUAUUUAAGAAAUAGUGGAAUUGAUGCUGCAUAUAUCACAGAAAAAGACUAUCAACUUUUGUAAGAUUUAAGUUUAAGAGAAGAAAGGGUUGUAGUCACAAGGGAUAAUAAACUCUUUAACAUGAAAAAAAGCAUUCCUGUUUAUAUUCUUUAAGAAAAUUUAGACACAGAAAAAUAAUUCUAGGAAAUCAUUAAAUUCUUUAAGAUAAACUAAAACAAGUUGAACUUAUUAUCAAGAUGUGUAAAGUGUAACAACGAUAAUUUGGUUAUAAUUUCUGCAGAGGUAGCCAUGCAACACUUGAAAUUUACUCACCCUUAAGAUUUCAAUAAAUUUGAAUAUUGGUAAUGCACACAAUGUAAAUAGGUUUAUUGGGAAGGUGAUACAUAUAAAAAAUCCUAAAAAAGGUUUGAGGAUUUGAAUCAAAAGUGUCAAAAGAAAAAAUGA